GAUCUGCCUGCCUGAGUUGGUAUCUGCUGUUGCUUGUAGAAUACACUUUCUACGCCUUACCAAGACUUCUUGAUCGAGUUAGCUGAGUCGAAGACAACGGACCAGAAUAGUCUAUUGAGUCUCUGAAUCCUGAGCCUUCGUUCCGUUCCGAAUAAGUCGAAUCAGUAGUAUCCUCAAGGUUAACCAAACCUAACAAUUUGGCGACGGUGGUUUUGGAAACAUGGAUCCUUCUAAACUUGAAUUAUUACUCGAGCAGCAGAUGAAACUUAUUCAAAUGUUAGCAGAUGCAAAGCUUACGUCUAAUACUCAACCAAGUAGUUCUAAUCCUACUACUACUGCACCAUCAGUUGAUGGUAUCGCUAACAGUAUCUCCGAGUUUCAUUACGAUCCAGAAUCCAAUGUCACGUUUGAUAUGUGGUUUCGACGUUACGAAGACUUAUUCAAAUUCGACUUUGCUAAUCAGGAUGAUGCUUGGAAGGUCCGCUUGCUGCUUCGAAAGUUGGGUCCUAGUGAACUAGACAGGUAUUGCAACCUAAUUCUGCCUCUAAACCCACGCGAUCGUUCAUUCUCCGACACUAUUCAGUCAUUGAGCCAACAAUUCGGAGACAACUCCUCACUAUUCAAUGCGCGUUAUCGAUGCUUGAAGCUCACUAUGAACGAAGAUGCUGAUUUUCUCACACAUGUGGGUAUCGUUAACCGAGAAUGUGAACGUUUCCGGUUGAAGUCGCUUACUGAAGACCAAUUUAAAGCACUCAUUCUCAUCUGCAGCCUUCAAUCACAGAAGUUCAAUGACAUUAGAACACGUUUGCUAAGUCGAUUGGACCAAGACCCAAAACUAACUCUUAAUGAUAUUGCAAACGAAUAUCAACGUCUAAUCAAUCUACAGCGUGACACUACAAUGGUCCAGCGUGGUGGUUCAGAUCGUGCUGAAGUUCAUGUAGUCCAACAACCACGCAACUCGCAUAAAUCUGCCCCAGCAACAUCUAGUUCAGGUCAAAAGACAAAAACAAAUCCUCCUGCCCCAUGCUGGCACUGCGGUGCAUGGCAUUUUGUUCGAUACUGUCCAUAUAAGCAACAUCGGUGCAGGAAAUGUAAUGCGGUGGGUCAUAAAGAUGGUUUUUGUCGAAAAAAGAAGCUAAGCAACUCCAAAGAUACCAGAAAACCUACUCCUAGAUCCAACACGAAUUCGUUGAGUCUAAUAGCAAGCUGUGAGAACUCAACCCCAGUUGAGAGAAAAUUUAUUACCCUUAAUAUUAAUGGGCACCCGAUUAGAUUGCAAAUAGACACUGCAUCUGAUGUAACAAUUCUCUCACGAAAAUAUUGGAUCAGAAUGGGAAGACCACGCCUGGUGCCAACAACACAAAAACCGCGAACCGCAUGUGGUAAUUACCUACGUUUGUUGGGACAACUAGAUUGUAAAGUGUCUUUUCACGAUUCGACGUUUACCGGUGUAUGUUACAUCACACCAGCUGAUCUUAAUCUACUUGGGUUAGACUGGUUUGACCGGCUACAUUUAGCUGACGUUCCUUUAAGCACCGUAUGCCAUCUGGUGAAACAACCUCAUGAACCUGAAGCAUAUUCGAAAGAACUAAUGACGGAGUUUUCAACCAUUUUCCAACCUGUAUUGGGUCAGUGCACUGCUAUGAAAGCAACACUUCGGUUGAAACCUGGAGCUAAACCUGUCUUUCGUCCAAAGAGACCAGUGCCGUACGCAGCAUUAUCGAAAGUUGACGAAGAACUUAACCGCCUUCAACUACAGGGAGUUAUUACACCUGUUUCUUAUUCUGCCUGGGCAGCACCCAUUGUGGUUAUUAAGAAGGCUAAUGGCACAAUCCGAAUAUGCGCAGAUUUUUCCACAGGUCUUAACGCAGCUCUCGAACAGCAUCACUACCCACUGCCAGUCCCUGCAGAUUUGUUCACGAUGUUAAAUGGUGGGAAGUUUUUUGCAAAGCUGGACCUCGCUGAUGCCUAUCUACAAGUGGAAGUGGCUGAAGAUUCGAGAGAGUUACUUACCAUAAAUACUCAUCGUGGCUUGUUUCAGUACAAUCGCCUACCAUUUGGUGUUAAAACAGCUCCAUCUAUUUUUCAGCAACUAAUGGAUACCAUUCUAUCGGGUAUCCCGGGGGUCGCAACUUAUCUCGAUGAUAUCUUAAUUGUUGCCACAUCGUUAGAACAGCUUAGAGAACGAACGAAAGCUGUACUACAACGCAUCAGCGAUAACGGAUUCCGAUUACGCCCAGAAAAAUGCCAGUUUUCUUGAAGUCAGUAAAAUACUUGGGAUUCAUUUUGAUGCUGCAGGUCGCAGACCAGAUCCUGAAAACAUCCGAGCUAUAAAACAGAUGCCGACUCCCACUAAUAUCUCUGAGCUACGAUCAUUCCUGGGACUAAUUAGCUACUAUUCAGCUUUUGUUCCGUCGAUGCAUGACAUACGCGCCCCGCUAAACCAUCUUCUGAAUAAAAAUACCAGCUGGAACUGGACAAAAGAAUGUGAAGCUGCAUUUUGCAAGCUGAAAACGAUCAUAAGCUCUGAACUAUUACUGACGCACUACGAUCCGUCAAUGCCCAUCAUUGUCGCUGCAGACGCUUCAGCUUUUGGACUCGGUGCUGUCAUUUCACACCAGUUCCCGGACGCAACAGAGAAAGCUAUUAUGCAUGCAUCUCGCACAUUAACUUCAGCGGAAAGAAAGUACAGUCAAAUAGAAAAAGAGGCUCUGGCCCUUGUGUUUGCAGUACGCCGUUUCCACAAAUUCUUGUACGGUCGAAGAUUCACUCUUCUCACUGAUCACAAGCCUCUUCUCACAAUUUUCGGUUCGAAAUCUGGUGUUCCAGCCCAUUCUGCAAACCGUCUCCAACGAUGGGCUUUGAUACUUCUGGGUUAUGAUUUUGACAUUCAGUAUCGGCGCACACAACAGUUUGGUCAGGCUGACGCCUUGUCACGGCUUAUCAGCGAACACUCCACGGUCGACGAAGAUGUAGUUAUUGCCUCCCUAAUGACAGAGGACUACGCGCAGUGUUACCUGACAACCGCUAUUCGUGCUUUGCCAGUCUCAGCAUCUGAAAUACAAUCUGCAUCCAAGAAUGACUCCAUUAUAAAGAGAGCGAUGAAAUACGUCACCAAUGGCUGGCCGCCGACGGGACUCGAUGGUGACUUGAAGCAGCUUUACCACCGUCGGGACUCAUUAUGUGUCGUAAACGAAUGCUUGAUGUUUGGAGAUAGAGUAGUGGUGCCCGAAUCCCUAAGAUCAAAGGUGCUAAAGCAAUUCCACACUGGUCAUCCUGGUAUAAAACGAAUGAAAUCCAUCUCCAGAAGCUAUGCUUAUUGGCCCCUCAUGGAUCAACAUAUCGUGGAUUUAGUAAGCAAGUGCACACAAUGUCAGCAAGCAGCUAAGUGUAACGCGAAAAUACUACCAGUCCCAUGGCCCCAGCCUGAGUAUCCCUGGUCCAGGAUACAUGUCGAUUUCGCAGGCCCAAUUAAUGGAAUCACCUAUCUAGUCGUUGUUGACGCCUUUUCGAAAUGGCCAGAAAUUGUUCCCGUUAUGCCACCAACGACAACCCAAACGAUGCAACUUUUGACAGAGAUGUUCUCUCGCAAUGGGUUACCGGAUAUAAUCGUUUCCGACAACGGUUCGCAAUUCACCUCAAGUCAAUUUCAAGAAUUUUGCAAACGCCUAUCUAUCAAGCAUUUCCGCUCUCCACCUUACCACCCACAGUCAAAUGGUCAGGCAGAAAGAUUUGUGGAUACAUUCAAGAGAGCUCUAAUGAAGUCGAAAGGGGAGGGGACGACAGUAGAAACACUGCAGAAUUUCUUGUUUGUUUACCGAACAACACCUAGUGAUAUGCUACCACAGCAGAAGUCCCCGGCAGAAAUCCUGAUGGGAAGGAAAUUGAGGACGAUCCAUAGUCUGAUGUGCCCAAGAACCACACCACCACCAUCUCAGACCAAAUCUCAGAAGCUUCCAGCGUACGAGGUCGGAUGCCCGGUGUUUGCUCGAGACUACAGAGCAAAUCAUGGUCCUUGGAUCGAAGCACGUGUGGUCGGAAGACUAGGCCAUGUUAUGUACGAGGUAAAGGUGGGAAGAGAUACGUGGACUAGACACCGAAAUCAACUACGGAAGCGGAUAGCCUCGGACCGCCCAUCAAAAGGAGAAAAUCUUCCCCUUGACAUCAUGCUUGAUACCUUCAACUUACCACCAGCCCCACCACGAGAAGAAGCUCAACAACAAGCUGAGCCCCGUCCCAGAAGGUGGCCUCUCCGUCAGCGGCGAACUACAGUCAAAAUGCAAGUUGACCCCAGAAAAGUACGCUAUUAAAAAGGGGAGGAGUGUUGGGGACGACAUAUCCCCAAAAUUCAUAUUUUGUAAUUUUGUCAUAUCGAUUAAAUGUUUAAAUAUUUGAAUGGCAGUCAGUUGAUGAACUUAUCGAUUGAAUUUUUAAAUAGCAUACAAUUGAUGACUCAUUAAUUAUUGUUUAAAAAUUUCCUAUGACAAAAUCGAUAUAUAUUUGUAUAAAUACGCUUGACUUGUAUGCUUGAUCUGAUCUGCCUGCCUGAGUUGGUAUCUGCUGUUGCUUGUAGAAUACACUUUCUACGCCUU